CCUUGCCUUGGGAUGGACUUAGCCAGACUGAAAAGUGAUGAUAUGAGAUACGAAAUUGGCCUUGUGUUCAAAAUAGACGGAGAUGUCCGUUUCCAAACAGUUACUGAGACCGGCGGGACACCGCAAAAGGAUGUCGUAAUAAAGCCCGAUGCUCCAAGCACGUUGCUUUGGGAGAAACAUGCGGACUAUAUAGCUUCAUAUGGAACAAAGAAAGAUGAUUAUGAGUACUGCAUGUCGGAGUAUUUGAGGAUGAGUGGUGUUUACUGGGGGCUGACAGCCAUGGAUCUUAUGGGGCAGCUGCACCGAAUGAACAAAGAGGAAAUUCUGGCAUUCAUCAAAUCAUGUCAGCAUGAAUGUGGUGGAAUAAGUGCCAGCAUAGGUCAUGAUCCUCAUCUUCUGUAUACCCUCAGUGCUGUCCAGAUUCUUAUCUUAUAUGAUAGCCUCCAUGUUGUUGAUGUAAAUAAAAUUGUUGAAUAUAUACAGAACUUGCAAAAAGAAGAUGGAUCAUUUGCUGGAGACAAAUGGGGAGAAAUAGAUACCAGGUUUUCCUUCUGUGCUGCAGCAACUCUUGCACUUCUGGGAAAGCUGGAUGCUAUUGAUGUGGGGAAAGCAGUAGAAUUUGUUUUGUCGUGUAUGAACUUUGAUGGAGGAUUUGGUUGUAGACCAGGUUCUGAAUCACAUGCAGGACAGAUCUAUUGUUGCACAGGAUUUCUGGCUAUAACAGACCAGUUGCAUCAAAUAAAUGUUGACUUGCUGGGUUGGUGGCUCUGCGAACGUCAGUUACCUUCUGGAGGUCUCAACGGACGCCCAGAGAAGUUACCUGAUGUAUGUUAUUCAUGGUGGGUGCUAGCAUCUUUGAAGAUGAUUGGUAGGUUGCAUUGGAUUGACAGAGAGAAACUGCGCUGCUUUAUUUUGGCUUGCCAGGACGAGGAGACUGGAGGAUUUGCUGACAGACCAGGAGAUAUGGUGGAUCCAUUUCACACCUUAUUUGGAAUUGCUGGACUAUCUUUAUUAGGAGAAGAACAAAUUAAGGCCGUGAAUCCUGUCUUCUGUAUGCCAGAAGAUGUCCUUCGAAGAAUAAAUGUACAGCCUGAGCUUGUGAGCUAAGCCUCGUAGAGACAAAACGUUGAUACGCCCAGUUACUUUGGUUUUACUGAUUUAAGUAAUCUCAUCUCUGAAACUGUUAGCAUAUUCUUCUUUGAGGUAUGUUUACAUUAUGAAAGUAAAGCAAUAGCUUUACUGUAGGCUCUGUCACUUUGUAAACUUACCAGAACAGGCUGGCUCUAAUAAUCUGAGUGUAACAUGUUCUUUGGUUGUAUAUAAGAGAUGUAGAAACAUUUCUAGUCUCUAUCUAAAUACAUG